AUGGGUACGAUUGGUGGAGUACCUGAAACGCAAUUUGCGUUUGGAGCUUCGAGUGGGGAUUCACUUCCUGCUAGCUCGUUUUUGAAUGUUGCCUUACAUUCCAUGAGGCAACAAAUGGAUGAAAGCAAUCACGAGAUGGUCAAUAUGCUGACUCAUCAAAUGACCGCUGUGUUUAAUCUCAUAAUGGAAACGACUAAUACCAGCUAUCAAAUUUUGGCUGAACAAAUGCGUCGAAUUGCUGACGUUUUUGGGGCACCUCAAGUCCUUAUAAGGCAAGGGCAAAAUGUUGCCCAAACAUCUAAUCGAGAUGCCACAAAUCUUGGUCGAAAUGGUCAAAUUUUUGAAAAUCCAAAUGCUCCAUUUGAGCAAAUUGGUCGAAAUCUCGACCAAAACCUUCUGAGACAAAAUGAGGGUGAUUUCCAGGGAAAUCAACCCGUUAUUGUUGCUCGAAAUCAGAAUGCUGAUGAAAUACUUGAACAAGCUGAACUGCCUCGAGGCUGGAAAGUCCCAAAAUUCACUAAAUUUGCCGGAGAUUCCGGUGAAUCCACAGUAGAACAUAUAGCUAGAUACUCCAUAGAAUGUGGAGAUUUAGCUCGAAAUGAAGAUUUAAAGUUGAAGUACUUUCCUAGUUCUUUGACUAAGGGGGCCUUUACCUGGUUCACAACCUUACCCCCGAAUUCAAUUCAUAAUUGGAAUCAAUUAGAAAGAAGGUUUCAUGAACAAUUCUUUCGUGGUGAAGCGAAAGCUGAAAAAUUUGUCCCUAAGAAAAUAGAGAAAUUUUCUCGAAAAGACAAAGUGGCUUACAUAGGUCUCACUGAAGGAGAAAUAGGAAGCGAGAAUGAUCUCGACGAAGAAGAUGUCGAUUUAGGGGUAAAUGAGGUAAAUGUAGCUGAAUUAAAACCAGGACCCCCUUAUGUUUGCCAAUCUUUAAAACCACUCAAAAUUAAGGACAAAACUCGACCUAAUAAGAGUUAUGCCUUUGAUGUCUCUAAAACUGAUCAUAAUUUUGACAUUUUAUUGAAAAAUGGGCAAAUUAUAUUAUCUGAUGAUCAUAAAAUCCCUACUCUAGAACAAAGAAAGGGUCAAAAAUAUUGUAAGUUUCAUCAUGUUUAUGGUCAUUGGACUAAUACCUGUGUUCGUUUCAGGGAUCUUAUUCAAGACGCCAUUAAGCAAGGACGAUUGAAAUUCGAGCAAAAAACCAAAAUGCCGAUGAAAAUCGACUCUGAUCCCAUGCAAAUAGAAGCUAAUUUCGUGGAACCUAUCGACAUACUGAUGGUCGAUGUUGCUGAAAAACAGGGGUCAUUCGAUCGAGCUGUAGAAGAGUUAGAAGGAAAAGGCUCUUUGAAUGACACCCUCGAAGCCUUCGAGAAGGAAGAAGCUGAAAUCUUCCCAAGGGCUGGUGACUCGCUGCUGGACUUUCUAACUCGAAAGAAGGAAGCGGACAGUGAGGUCAUGCUGUGCCCAAGGUGCAGCGUCGUCUUCGAUAAAGCGGCGGCUAAAGCCUUCAAGCAAUCAGAGAUGAAGAAACACUAUCAGGUGACCACCAACCAGAAGCCAAAGAAUGGUCAAUAA